AAAACAAGCUAAGUUAGCAACGGUAAUUUGAGCUAGUACGCUCGACGGUCCGAAAUAAAAUUAAAGCGUCGAGUUUGCAGUUUAUUACCAGUGAAUAUAUGGAAACCGCUGGGGGGACCUGUUAGUUAGGUAAUCGUUAUAAUGGGUAAACGCAUAUAUCGUUGGGCGUAAGAAACUACGCUAGCUUAAACGUUUUCCAGUGGUUAAAAGUGCUAAUGCAGAGGGUGGCUAGCUGAUUGGAAAUCUAACCGCAGCUAACGUUAGCUAACGUUAACGUUAGCAAGCAACGUCCCGUACCUGUCCUACGAUAGUGUUGUAAAAUAACGCAACAUUAGCGUCAGUUACAAGUCGUUAUCAACCAGACAGUGUGCAUUUAGAUUUUUGUGAUACGACAGUGAACGUGUGGUUGUAAAAGUCUGCAUUUUCCCCAGUUUCCAAAUUUGAUAUAUAACGUUAGAAAGGUGGAGAUAAUGCACCACGUCAAGAUCAAGACUGAAAGGCCAGACAUAGAGGGGGCUGGUGCACGCAGCAGAUUGGAUGCUGUGUUAAAGGGACUCGUAGAGAGGAGUGAGAAUGAAAGGGAGCAAAAUGAGGGUGAUACUGGAAAAAUAUCAGCGGACUCCUUAAACAAGGAUUUGUCUCCAUCGUCUGCUGGAAAAAGGCCAUCAGCUCGAUUUCCACAGCACCGGAGGAAGAAGCGAAAAGAGAUGGAUGAGGGCAUACCAGAGAGCAAUCAGCACAAACAAAAUGCUUACAUUAUUAAGUUGUUUGAUCGCAGUGUGGAUCUGGCUCAGUUCAACACCAGCACCCCUCUGUAUCCUAUCUGCCGUGCCUGGAUGAGAAACAAUCCUUCUGUCCGAGUGCCACCUGCUUCCCCAAGCCCUCCACACAGCAUGGUGGAGGAAGAGCUUACAGACAUGAUGAAUGGUAAAGCCCAGAAUGUGUACAGACUCCCUCCUCCGACAUCCUGUCCUGUCAGCACGUCUGGUGAACCCAUCAAUCUCAGGAUCCCACAGACUGAAAAACCUACUGUUACCAAGUUAACAGAUUCAGUUCCUCUAUCAGGUGCUCUCAUAUGUGACCACAUGGAACGUUGGAAAAAGAUAAGGCAAAAAUGGAAGGAGUGCUCUAACAAGAACCAGUUACGAUACAGCGAGAGUAUCAAGAUCCUUAAGGAGAUGAAGGACCUCUACGAUCGCUAACUGGCUCGCACUGUAGCUCUCCACCACAGAAUGGACUCUAUGCAGCUGGAAAGAAGCCACGGCGUAGCAGUCAGUGUUCAAACACACCUGCCAUCUUCACAGUCUGAUUCAAACUAAAGCAUGAACAGAUCCUCGAGCCUUAAACAGACCAUAUGUCCUAUGCAUUGUAGAAAUACAGUAAUUUGAAAAAAAGUGUGCUGCAGUUUCUUGAGCAGGUAUGUGUUCCAGUUUGAUGUGUUUUUUUAUUCUAAAAUAAUUGUGAAGAUGUCUGAAUAAAUUAAAUGGCUCCUCAGUUUUCCAGGAACACUGUGAUUUGUAAAUCCUCAUCAUAAACAAGACUGAUUGAAGUCCA